AAAAUGCAGCCACUAGUAUGUUUCUGCCUGUUGGUUGUAUGCGUGGACAUCUGUCUGAGUCAGACAGACUGCACAGGUGUAGCCUGUCCAGAUCUGCAGAACUGCAUUGACUCGACUUUAGAGAACGGUGCCUGCUGUCCCAAGUGUCUUCGAAGCGGCUGCGCCUGUGAGGGCUACCAGUUUUACGACUGCGUCCAAGCAGGUUUCCAGAAAGGGAAAGUCCCAGAGGGGGAGUCUUACUUUGUGGAUUUCGGAAGCACGGAAUGCUCCUGUCCUCAAGGAGGAGGGAAGAUAAGUUGUCGCUUUAUUCCAUGCCCAGAAAUCCCCGCCAACUGCGUUGAUGUUUCACAACCUGCAGAUGGAUGUCCGCAGUGUGGUCGCCUCGGCUGUACCCAUGGCAACAAGAAGUAUGAGGCGGGACACUCCUUUCAGGUGGACCAGUGCCAGGUUUGCCACUGUCCAAACGAAGGGGGCAGGUUAAUGUGCUCACCCAUCCCCGGCUGUGACCUUCGUGGCGUUAAUGAGCCCACUGAGAACAGCAGCCGUCUGAGAGACGUUAGCAGCAGUCACGACACCCGACAAGGAACCCUCGCAGAACCGUUGUCCAAGUUUGCACCAGAAAUCACUCUUCCCCUGUAUAAGCAGGAUCCACCCAGUUUUGGCUCAGAGGAUUAUGACGCCAUGCUGGCAGAGCAGACAUCUUCCACUACUCAAAAUCUGGCCCAAUCACCGCACUCUACAACAGUACCUUUAGCCUACCCCGAGACCAGCUCUCAUGCAAACGAGAGGAACGAGCUGAGGGAGAAAAGCCAUUAUACAGUGACACACACUGAGGAUAAAGUUAAACAAAUCGUGGAUUCAGUCACUACAGGGGCUCUUAGCGGUGCAUCAACACUAUUACCAACUGCAGCCACACAGAGAGUGGACACACGGAGCCACAGGCCACAGCAGGGAACUGAAAACAAGACCACGAGACACAACAGUCACAGAAACUUGAAGGUCGGGCACGUUGACCCGCAGAAGCAAAGUCCGGGUAAACGUGCAAGAAACCACAGCCGCUCCCAUUUCAUCAACCAGCAAGAGAAAGUGCAAGUGGAGCACAGGAACCAGCUCGCAAACGACGAACGGAGAUCAUACCCUCAAGUCAAUUUCAGUCCCACCAGCAGAGCUCCGAUCAGGAAGCAGGACAGCAAGGGGCCUCAAAGACAACCGCUAACCCUCCACAACUACCAGCCUCAUGAAGAGGAGGAAGGCACAGAAGUGUCUGUCAGGGAGCUGGUGAAGAGCUGCUGUGAGACCGGAGAGAAAUGGGCUUCAGCUAAUGGCCACUGCAGCGACAUGGAGCCUCCCACAAAAGACCGGCACUCCAUUUGCUGGACUGCCCAACAACAGUGCUGCUUCGGUUCCCUGAAAGAAAGCCGGUGCUCGGCAGGAAUUAAUGCAGCCAGAGCAGGAAGUGUGUGUGAGGAGGACUCUGGCAGGGAAUGUGGGAUAGAUUCCUACAAGGAGUGCUGUGGCUGCUGCUCGCUUGGGCUGCAGUUCCUCAAAGCAGGCCAUCGCUGUGAAGCCCACCAGCACAUGGGUUUCCACUGCCGACACGUCUUUCUGAGCUGCUGUGAGGGGGAGGAGGGGAGGCACACCGUCAGAGAGAGGCCUGCUCUGGAAUCCACUCCGCCUCCGAGAAAAGUGUCAGACAACCCGUACCCUAAAGAAGCCUUCUCCAUCGGCACGGAGCGGGAUGGGGAGAAUGCUGUGGGGGGUCUUGUUGACGUGAAGGACAUGGAUGAGUGCCUGAUUUAUGAGGGCAACAUCUGCCACCACAGAUGCAUCAACACGCCUGGCUCCUACCGCUGUGAGUGCUUCCCUGGGUACGUGCUGCAGGAGGACGCUUUCACUUGUGCACAAGAGCUCGUGGAUGAGGAGAACAGACUGCGGGAGGAUGAUGGAGAGGAGACAACCUCAACGCUUGCAGCUCACUACCAGCCUGCUGCCCCACUCAACCCCUGUGAAGGAAACAGCAUCUGUGAGCAGCAGUGCACCCCGGUGGCUGGAAGGCCACAGUGCUCCUGUUCACCAGGCUUGUCCCUCGGAGCUGAUGGACGCUCCUGCGAAGACAUAAACGAGUGUUUGUCUCCCCGUACCUGCCAGUUUAAUGAGCUCUGCGUGAAUACUGCGGGGAGUUAUGUCUGUCAGAGACUGAUCACCUGCCCCCCUGGAUACCAGAUCAACGGUGACAUUUGUGAAGAUAUCAACGAGUGUGUACAGGGACUCCAUAACUGUGAGGCUGGGCUCGAGUGUGUGAACACAGAGGGGUCGUUCAGGUGCAACCCCAAACCCUCCUGCCCCGCCGGCUUCACACAGGACACACACGGCAACUGUGUGGACAUUGAUGAGUGUGGUGCUUUGACCCCGCCGUGCAGUUCAGGGUUUACCUGCAUCAACACGGUGGGAUCGUACAUGUGCAACAGGAAGAUAAUAUGCAGCCGGGGUUAUCAUGCCAGUCCUGAUGGGUCCAGAUGUAUUGAUGUGAAUGAAUGUGAGAAUGGCCUGCAUCAAUGUGGAGAGGGUCAGCUGUGCCAGAAUCUGCCUGGUUCCUAUCGCUGUGAGUGCCAGACAGGCUACCAGUUUGACUCACUGAGGAGGACGUGUGUAGAUGUAAAUGAGUGCUGGCGCUUCUCCGGCCGUCUGUGCGCCCAGACUUGCGAGAACACCCCGGGCUCCUACCACUGCUCCUGCACCUCUGGUUUCCGCUUAUCUGCUGAUGGCAAGAGCUGCGAAGAUGUGAACGAGUGUCUGAACAGCCCAUGCAGCCAGGAGUGUGCCAACAUCUACGGUUCCUACCAGUGCUACUGCAGAAAGGGUUACUAUCUCAGAGAAGACGGGCUCACAUGUGAAGACAUUGAUGAAUGCGCACAGAGCAUCGGCCAUCUGUGCACCUACAAGUGUGUGAAUGUUCCCGGCAGCUACCAGUGUGCCUGCCCUGAAUACGGAUACACCAUGUCACCCAACGGACGGUCCUGCCGAGAUAUUGAUGAGUGUGCUACAGGAGCCUAUAACUGCUCUCUCACCGAGACCUGCUACAACAUCCAAGGAGGGUACCGCUGCCUUUCUCUGAGCUGUCCCCCGAACUACCGCAAAGUGUCGGACACGCGUUGUGAGCGUGUCAGCUGUCCGAACCACCUGGACUGUCAGAACUCUCCGGUGAGGAUCACCUACUACUACCUCAGCUUCCAGUCCAACAUCGUCAUCCCCGCUCAGAUAUUCCGCAUCGGACCGUCUCCCGCCUACUCCGGAGACAACGUUAUUGUGACCAUCAUUCAGGGCAACGAGGAAGCCUACUUCGGCACCCGGAAACUGAACGCCUACACGGGCGCGGUGUACCUGCAGCGACAGGUUCAAGGUCCACGGGAUUUUCUGGUCACUGUGGAAAUGAAGUUAUGGAGGCAGGGGAAGUUUACCACUUUCCAAGCCAAGAUCUACGUCUUCAUCACAGCAAACUCACUGUAA